AUGGCCACGCACAACGAGGACGGCGGCAGCGCCAAGUUGGAAUUUUCGUCACUACUGCGCAUUAUUCCAACCAGCAUGGAGCAUGCCACAAAGGGGCUGUAUGAUCUUCAGACAGCUGCCAUCAACGCCAAUGGCGAGAGCCCUCCAAGAGAUUCUGAGACAUUCAAGCGCAUCCGCGCACCACUGAAGGAGCAAUGGGAGGCAAUAGCGCAGCUGUUCAGAAAGUGCAUCUCACUCGGUAAUGACAUCAAAUUACUUCAGAAAUAUGGUACCGGUGCCGAAAAGGAUGAAAUUGUCGUCAUAUUAGGAGAUAUUUCGACCAAAGGACAGCAGUGUGCCGGACUUGCCUUACAGCUUGCAAAUGGUCACGACGCGGUUGUAGAGCCAUACUUUUCGCAGAGAGAGGCCUUCCAGAAGCAGCUUGAUCACCCAAAGGUGAAAGUAGAUGUCCGACAGUCUCAGCCUACGACCCCUCAGCCGGCCAGCGCGGGUAGAUCAUCCAAAGUGACGGCAACAAGGAGGGCCUCACAAGAGGAGUUUACAAUCGACCCUCUCGAAGCAUUUCUUGCAGAGUCCGGCAAAAGUCUGUACCCUGAUGGGCUGCGGGCCAUGGCGCUGGUCCAGAACUCUUUCGAUAGUAUCCAAGACCAUCUAUUUACUCUCUCAAAUCUUCUCCACCAGCAAUCAGAGACAUACGAUCGAUUCCUCACAAAAGCCAAGUCGACUUUGGACGAACCAACGAUGAAAGAGGCUCAGGAUAUGGCACAGAAGUGGGAAAUGUAUCGAAAGGAUCUCACAGAGGUGGUCAACGACGUCUUCAAGAUAUGCGACGCGAUCAUGGUCGACGCGACGGGGGCCCCACCUCCAGUCAAUGCCACCCAGAUGAUAGGUCAUGAAGAUUCAGCGAACGAGUACCCAAAGGGAGGAGUAAGGGAUCACCCGCGUGGCAUCUUCAGCCGUCUUCUCAAGCUUUUUGCUAAGAGAGACACAUCGAAUGACGCACGUUGA